AAAGCGCCGGCUUCGCUGCAAGAGUCGUCAUUCGUCUGCUCUUGCGUCAGUUGGUAUCUGUUGUCUUAGAGAUUCAAGAUGACUGGUCGCGGAAAGGGAGGAAAGGGGUUGGGAAAAGGAGGAGCGAAGCGUCACAGGAAAGUUCUUCGCGAUAACAUCCAAGGUAUCACCAAGCCGGCUAUUCGUCGUUUGGCACGACGUGGUGGCGUCAAGCGUAUCUCUGGCUUGAUCUACGAAGAAACUCGUGGUGUGUUGAAGGUCUUCCUCGAGAACGUUAUUCGCGAUGCUGUCACCUACACCGAACACGCGAAAAGGAAGACUGUGACUGCCAUGGACGUUGUCUAUGCCCUGAAGCGUCAAGGUAGAACUCUGUACGGCUUCGGUGGUUAAGCGAAGAGCGGUGGACAUUCAACCUAAAUCGGCCCUUUUCAGGGCCACAAAUAUUUCAAUGUUGGAACAACUUUUGUUUGCUAUAAACUCAUACGACUUACAAUGAGUCUGCUAUCUUAUUUCAUAUGCACACACAAAUUGCAAAAA